UUAACAGGUUAGAAAAUAGAAGAUGGUCAAGAAGAGGCUACAGAUUGGAUUGAUAAAGAUAUCUUAGCAAGUCUGAGUUCAAUUUUAUGCAAUCUAUCUUAUAUCUUUUCAGCGUAUAGUUUUAAUGUCAAGGCUUCUUGACAAAAGUAAUGUUGUUGGUUAACAAGUUUUGUCAAAAUGCGAUUACGCAAAGAACUUUUGUGUGAGUGAGUGGUCUUGUCUUCUUCCUCUCGGCCCGUAAAAACCUCUCGUCGACUAGUUCCUUUUUUUUUUUAACCACCAAUGAAAAAUUAGUUCUUAAAAUAUAUAUAAACAGUAAAAAUAAUAGCCUUGACAAGGUUUUUUUUUUGGUUAAAUAAAAUAUAGUGAUCUUCUUCUUCGUCUUCCCUCAACCAAGAAUUUGUCUGAAACCUAUUCUUUCUCUCCUUCUCUCUCUCUCUCUCUUUCUUUCCAGUUCCUUUCACAAUUAUUUCGAACAUGAAAAUCAAUACCAUCGAGGUUUGAACUCUCUCCGAUCUCGUUCGAUGUUAAAAUUUGUUCUUUGUUAGGGUUUGGCACAUUCACAUAGUUAGAGCAUCUGAAGUUCUAACCGGAAACCAUUCCUCCCGAGAUGGCGACCGUGAAAGGCCUUCUUAAAGGCCUUCGCUACAUUACUCAAAUUUUCGACGAAGAUAAAGACAAGGAUAUGCAGAUCGGGUUCCCUACAGAUGUGAAGCAUGUCGCCCACAUCGGAUCUGACGGUCCCGCAACCAAUAGUACGCCAAGCUGGAUGGGUGACUUCAAACCUCAAGAAAAUGAGAAUGCUCAAGUAGUUUCUCGAGGAGAUGCCAAUAACAACAAUCAAAUAGGAGAAGGAGUUGGAUUACAAGAGUUGUUGCCUCCUCCUGAGAAACCGAAGCAUAAGAAGACGAGGCGUAAAUCCGAGACGGUCUCACAAAGCGGUUCACCACCUAGGCGAAACAGCAGUGCAUCAGCAUCAGAUAUGCAACCUAAACACUCAAGACGUCACCACAGGAGUAGGCACGGGUCGAUAGAUUCAUCGCAUGAUCCAUCAGUUAGGAGGAGGCGUGUUGUCUCGGUUGCCACUGACAUGGAAGGUUCUUACCCUCUUUCAGACGGUUCUUCUACUACUAGAAAGUCUACAACACGUCAUAGGAAGCCGAAAGGAUCAGGAGGUGGAGGAGAGCUAUCGAUGAAAAAGACAAAAGGGAAAACCGAUAAUCCUAUUGUUCAAUCAGUCGAUAAAUGUAAUGAUAGUAUCAGCGACAAAGACUAAAACACACACACAGGAUGGUUUUGGUCACCUAUGUUCCGUGUCAAU